ACAAACAAACUGUCAUUCGGUCGGAAUUUUGUAUUGACGGUGGCGAAUUUUUGCAUGUUUUCAAAAUAUUUUUGAUAUUGUUGGCCUUAAACAAUAACAAAUACAAUCAUACCCCGUAAAUAAAUCAAUUUAUAAAUCAAGAUGAAAAUGAGUACACCAACUGUACCUAAAAUAGGUAAAGAAGAGAUGAAUGUACGACUGCUGCUUAAUAAAUGUGAAUUAAUUGCUAAACAAGAACCCGUCGAAGGGAAUUGGAGACUGAAGCAGUACGUGGAAGCGUUGGGUGCAAUGAUAGCUGAGUUAAAAACCUUACCGGAUAAAAUAUCAAAAGACGUAAUUUCCGAAUAUUCAAAACGCGCAACGUUUUUGAAAGGACUUAUUCAAACGGCAAAUUUAAAUAGCCCUAUAGAGAAGUUGGAGGCAGUUCAGCUCCUAUCCCAUGGUGCUGCAACUUUGACCACAGAUGCUGCCGCUCAAGAAAUACAUCAAAAAACUGUUGCUAAAUAUGGUGUUGAACUGCGAACUGAAUUGUUUGGCUUAGAAGACAGUGAUGAUACUUUACGUAAGAGGAAUAUAAUAAAAGCACCAAAUUUCACCAGCAACAGUACAAGCCAAGAAGACAUUGACUCAUUGCUCAAAUAUCACCAGAAUAUGCAGGAAAAGGUUGCAGAAAAUAUGGUAUUGCUUACUAAAAGUUUAAAAGAACAAUCACAAAUUGCCAGCACUAUUAUUAAAGGUGAUACUGAGGCAUUGAAGAAGUCAUCGGAUCUGACGGACCGCAACAUGAUGUCACUGAAGGUGGAGUCGGAGCGGCUGCAGGUGCACAGCCGCAGCGCUUGGAAGUGCUGGCUGUGGAUCAUGCUUGCUGUUGUCAUGGUGAUAUUUAUAAAUAUGGUCCUGUUCAUGAAAGUAAUGAAGAAAAGAAAAUAUGAAAGUUAAUAGGUAGGUAGUUUGACAUUUGAUAACAUUUUGUAUCUAUGUAAUGGUAAAUAUCUGUGAAUUUAUAAUAACUAUAUUA